AUGUCGAGUCUAUAUGUAACAGAACCGCCAACUGAUGGCAAGGUCAUAUUACAUACGGCAAAAGGAGAGAUAGAAAUUGAACUCUGGUCAAAAGAGGCACCGAAAGCCUGUCGUAAUUUUGUCGCUCUUGCAUUGGAGGGAUAUUACGAUUCUUGUGUUUGGCAUAGAAUCGUGCCGAACUUUAUCAUUCAAACUGGGGAUCCAUCCUCUACAGGACACGGAGGAGAGUCAUUUUUUGGUGCUCCAUUCGAAAAUGAAAUUCAUCAACGGUUAAGAUUUAAUCGCAGGGGCCUUGUCGCUAUGGCCAAUGCAGGUGAAAAAUGUACAAAUGAGAGCCAGUUUUUUAUUACGCUCGACGCUACACCAGAGCUCCAAAACAAGUACACAAUAUUUGGUCGCGUUGUUGGAUCAACAAUAUACAAUGUCCUGUCGUUGGCUAACAUUGAACUCUCGACUUCUGUGCCUGAUAGACCAGUAUUCCCACCGAAAUUACUUCAAGCAGAGGUUGUGCACAACCCAUUCAGGGAUUUAGUACCUCGUAUUACAUCUGCUGAACGUGCAGCUCAGAACUCUGCGCGCUCUUUGGCAGCUGAGCGUCUGGCGUCAAUGGAGCGCCAGCGGAAAAAACAGAAGAAGAAUACUACUUUGUUAAGCUUUGGAGAAGAGGAAGACGUACCACCUGAACCCGAGGCAAAAAAGCCGAUGAGUAGUCACGAUUUGCUGAAUGACAAGAGACUAAGUAAGCAAACAUAUGAUUUUAAGAAGAAAGAUGAGAACAAGCAGAAUCCAUUGGAACUCCAGGUCUCAGUGGCAAAUUCAUCGUCACAAAUCCAUGAUGAACACAGAAAAAGUCAUAUGGAAGAGUCUAGUUUGAACAAGAUUACAGCGCGCGAAAAGGACCCCUGGCAAAGUACACUCUCAGAAAAUUCUCGGUCCAAAGUCGAGACCAAUAGUGUUGGGAAAAAUGCAUAUGCAAUACCCGCUUCAACUGAAGUUUGGGGAGACGAGGCACACAUGCGCGAAUAUGGCGAUAGCGAUGAUGACGAUUCGGACUGGCGCUCGCACAAGUUCAAUUCUGGCGGUAUACCCUUACAUAAUUCAAAUGAUCAGUUUUCUGUGCAAGAUUACCAGGUCUUGGAUUCUCGUGACACGAGAAACCCAGUAGCCAAGUCUCUUGGCUUCGGAGGAAGUGACUCUGUUCAGCACCAAGAAUCACAGUUUCGAAAAGACAAGAUCAUGGCAGAAGGUCGUCGUGGUGGAAACUGA